UAAAAAUAAAAAAACCUUCUGUGAUCAACAAGAGGUCUUUGAAGGCCAAUACCUGUUGAGCUCUGGGAGACUGACUUGUAAAGUGAAGAUACGAGGCCACUCAGGCUUUUUGAUAUGGCCCACAUUUGGGUUACGGUAGGUGUCAGUUUGCCUGGAAUAACACCAGUUUUUUACUGAUGCAGACAUAAAUAUUAAUAGCAUCUUGGUUUGGAUGACCCACCUAUACCUGGCCACUAGAAGGCUAUCUGUACAACUCCCAAUAAACCCUUUUAUGUGGAGCUCUUGAAGGCCAGUCUGUGGCACCACUCUCAAAGACUGCUUCACACAUCUUUUUUCUUCUUGCAGGGAACUGGCAAGUCACACAUCUUAUUCUUGACUCCCUCCUUUGGAAACCUGUUUGUUUAAUGCACGGGACUGAACCAGCUGGUGGUGGCCCUAUGGCUGGAGACACCCCCUGCCCCGCAGAGCCCCUGGCCAGAGAAGGCACUUUAUGGGAGGCCCUCAGGGCGCUCCUGCCGCACAGUAAAGAAGACCUGAAGUUGGACCUCGGGGAGAAAGUGGAGAGGAGCGUGGUGACAUUGUUGCAGCGAGCCACUGAGCUCUUCUACGAGGGCAGGAGGGACGAGUGUCUGCAGACCAGCGAGGUGAUCCUGGACUACUCCUGGGAGAAGCUCAACACGGGCACGUGGCAGGACAUAGACAAAGACUGGCGCCGGGUCUACGCCAUCGGCUGCCUCCUGAAAGCCCUGUGUCUGUGCCAGGCACCUGAGGAUGCCAACACUGUGGCCGCAGCCCUGCGGGUCUGUGACAUGGGCCUGCUGAUGGGGGCAGCCAUCCUGGGGGACAUCCUCCUUAAAGUCGCUGCCAUCCUCCAGACACACCUCCCUGGAAAGAGGCCUGCCCAUGGCUCCAUCCCGGAGCAACCCUGCACAAAGAAAGCAAGGGCGGACCAUGGUUUGAUUCCAGAUGUGAAGUUAGAAAGAACAGUCCCCCGGCUGCACCGUCCGUCCCUCCAGCAUUUCAGGGAGCAGUUUUUGGUUCCAGGGAGGCCCGUGAUCCUGAAAGGCGUGGCUGACCACUGGCCGUGCAUGCAGAAGUGGAGUUUGGAGUAUAUCCAAGAGAUCGCUGGCUGCCGAACUGUCCCAGUGGAAGUUGGUUCGAGGUACACAGAUGAGGAAUGGUCCCAGACCCUCAUGACGGUCAACGAGUUCAUCAGCAAAUACAUCGUGAAUGAGCCAAGGGACGUCGGGUACCUUGCUCAGCACCAGCUCUUUGACCAGAUCCCGGAGUUGAAGCAGGACAUCAGCAUCCCCGACUACUGCAGCCUGGGCGAUGGGGAGGAGGAGGAAAUCACCAUCAAUGCCUGGUUUGGUCCCCAGGGAACCGUCUCCCCACUACAUCAGGAUCCCCAGCAAAACUUCCUAGUGCAGGUGAUGGGGAGGAAGUACAUCCGGCUGUAUUCCCCACAGGAGUCAGGGGCUCUGUACCCUCAUGACACGCACCUUCUCCAUAACACGAGCCAGGUUGACGUGGAGAAUCCCGACCUGGAAAAGUUCCCCAAGUUUGCCAAGGCCCCAUUCCUGUCCUGCAUCCUGUCUCCUGGAGAGAUCCUGUUCAUCCCGGUGAAAUACUGGCAUUACGUGCGGGCUCUGGAUUUGAGCUUCUCGGUCAGCUUCUGGUGGUCGUAGCCAGGAUAGGAGCUGAAAGGGCCUGACAGGCAGACAGCAUUCAUCUGUUCACUAAUUUCCUGGGUCCUGGAAUCUGUAGAGACAAGCAGGACUGAACCUGUGUCCUGAAGAGCCUUCACUGCCCAGUGGCAGCCCUGGGGGGCUGAGCUCCAGCACUGGACAGGCACAGAGCGGGGGCUGCCCAGGAAGGAGCACACUCCAGGCCGGGGGUGCAUGGCAGAGGAAGGUGGGGAGAGCCCAGAAGGACAUUGCAGACAGACAGCCUGCAUGGGGACUCUGGCAUCAGAAAGCCUAAUGUUUUUGGGAAAUGGGUGGGUCACAUGGGCAGGGGUGAAACAUGGGCUCUGAGGUUGACUACUUGAUUCAAACCCGGCCGCACUGCGUACCUGCUGUGUGACUUGGCCAGGAUCCCUCACUUCGCUAUGCCCAUAUGGAAAAGAGGGCAAGGCCAGUCCUCACUGCCGAGGGCCGAGAAGGCGGUGCUGAGCCCCUGCUGCCGCAUGAACCUUAGCCGCUGUCACUGAUCCCAAUUACUCUGAUCCUUUUGCCCUUCCUUCCCAUAACGGCCUACUGGACGCCACAGCCUGAAUACUGGAGAGAGCUGGGCAUUGCCCAGGUCACAGGAGAGAGUCUGUAGAGACCUGCGCAGGAGCCCAGACCCCUGCUGGGCAGUGGGAGCUUUCUGUCAUCCCCAUGGCUCAAGGAUAACCUACCUGCCUGCAGAGAAGUGCGAAGGUCUUGCUGGAUGACUUUUCACCCACACUCACGCAGGAGCAGGCUCCCAAGUGAAGAAACCACCGAACCAUCACCAGCUCCUAGGAGCCUCCCUCCCAUCACCUUCUAGUCACCAUCCCCCAGAAGUAAUGACUCUCAAACCUGGGGGAUUUGAGGCCAGGGGGAGAGCCAGGCUCUAUGCUUUCUGUAGUUGUGUCUCGUUUGUGUGCACGCAGGUUUGUUCUAUGUUUUGGCCAUUAAGAUUUUCCCCAGCCCUCUGUUUUUUGUUUUUUAAACUAAAUAGAGAUGGGAUCUUGCUAUGUUGCCCAGGCUGGUCUUGAACUUCUGGGCUUAAGCAAUCCUCCCACCUUGGCCUCCCAAAGUGCUGGGGUUACAGGUGUGAGCCACAUGCCAGCCUUGGCUUCUUUCUUCCCCCCUUCUAAGAUAGGCCUGGGGAAAAGAGCCCUGAGGGUUGAGCUGCCAUCCUGCCAGCAUCCUGCCACUGGCUCAGCUGCUUGUCUUUUAGCCAAAAAUCAAGCAGCCCCAGGAAAGAUUCUGGUUGGCCAGGAGGUAGCUACCCUGGGGUAACUAGAAGGGGGAUGGGAAGGUGGCCGUGGGCAGCUGAACUCCAGCUCCUGAUGCCCUCUACCCAGGCCAAGGAAUUUGACUUUAUCGUGUAGGUCCUGGGGUUCUCAGCCUUUGAGCAGACACAGCAGAAUCUGCAUUCUGGAAAGCUGGCUGUUGGCAGGGAGAGGCUGUGAUACUCAUCCUGGGAGUGGGCUGCUGAGGGGCCAUGGGCAUGCUGGGGAGUGACAAACACAAGAGCUAUCUGGAAGCUGAGUCCACUUGGCUCCGUGGGCAGCUGUUUGCAAGGACAUUGUUUAUUCCCUGCCAUGGUUAAUAGUGAAUUACCUCAUCUUUCACAGGAAGAAUUUACACCAGAUGUCAACACCCCUGAAAGUAGCGAGGCAUAAAACAGGGACGCCCUCAUGACUAGGUUCGCCAUUAGUGAGGAGGGGUGGCGGCCCGGCCACAGUGGGCUGUGACUCCCGGCCCACCUGUGUAACUCACACCCCUUCCCCAGCUGAAGGACAGGCGGACUGUGGCCCCAGCUCCCAGUGCCUAGCUGCUCCAGCUGGCAGGCCCCACGGCCCAUCUGUAGUGUAGUGUGACAGAAAGCUGGGCACGGGAGGCCACGUUCAUUAACGUGUGGUAUCCUGGCCAGGAGGCUUCAAGCAAAUGUCCCUUGUCAGAUGAGGAAUGGGAAAAGGGGAAAUGUCCUGCCCUGUGGGUGAGGACACGCAGCAUCUGGAACUCCUCAUGAGGGUUUUGAGUGAGUGCUAGUGUGCGUUGUGGGACGUUCAUGUCGGUGUCAUCAUGCAGGGGUUGGAGGCAAGAGAGACAAGCAGCAGGAGGGCUGGUGUCCCCAGUGGCCAAGUGCCCAGAGGCUUCCUGAGUCCCCAGCCAGGACUGACUCGAGCUCAAAGAAUGAACAACCAGAACCACGGGACAACUGGGACAGUCCAGAGCUGCCCCGGCCCCUCCUGCAGGCAUUAUUUGCUGGUUGGCUUUUUGCCUUCUGGUGUCCAUCUUCCCGUCUUCCAGAACGGCACGCUGACUGCAUUCUGGAGAAUGACCUCUGCCCCAGGGAUGUGGUCCUGGAAGGUCUGUACAUCAGCUCCUCCCUGGACCGGCAUCUUGAGGGCGUGUUGGGAGGAGCUCAGACAGGCUGGAGCUGACCCCCUGUGGCAGCAGCGCCUGCAGUGACAGAAUUGUCUUGACAUCCACGACCCUUAUUCCAAGGUCUGCCAUUCUAGACUGG